AUGAAACAUUGCUUAAACUCCAAGUCUUACAGAGCUUCACCAGAGAAAAGGUCUACUAACUUUGACAGAUCUUUGCUAAAGACAAACGUGACAGAGGCUUUAAUAAAAAAUAAGAAAAAGUUGAAUAAUUUUGCUCCGAAAAUUACUCAGAACAACUUCGAGCUGUACUCUGGUAGUAUUAGCCCUAAAAGCAAGCACCUAAAGGUGCUUGCUGAGGAGGAUGAAUUUGGUAGCCCAAAGGUACAACAGACUAUGGGCCGUCGCCUGGGUGAGAACUUUACUAAGAAGCCCUGGCAUCAGAAGAACCAGUUCAUGAAGCCUUGAAGGUGGCAACCUGCUGGUUGGAAAUAUCCUUUCCUACAUGAAGAUAAUCCUCCUAGUACUAGGGAACACAUGAGGCCGAGGACGAAGCGGUAUAGGGAUAUCUCAGCUGAGAAGUUUACUAAGAAUUACUUUAAAACCUCAUAUUGUUCCCAAUUCAAAGAUGUUGUAGGAUUCAAGAACCCUAAAAAGACCUCCUCGAUAGAAAGAUCAGGGUUUAAAGACACAGAUAGAUUAAAUGAAUAUCUUGUAAGUAAAGGAAUUCCUGAAGCUUCAAACUACAUUUCUUUAUGCUACCCUCCAGUGCAGUUAAGUCAGACUGGUACAAGCAAGGCAUAUCUUGGGCUGAAGAAGUAUAAUCCAUUAUUCCAAAGAGAUAAGAGGAAGAGCUGAGCUGAGACUAUCUCCAAGGUUGAAAAUGUAGAAAGACCUUCUCCCAUGAGUAAGACGAUUAACACUCCAAUUCCUAUCGAUGAUGAGGAAUGGUACCUUAAAUGUAAGAAUGACAAGAAGAAUCUCCGUAUAAUCCGGAAAGACCUGAAUAACACUGUCCGUGCAAGUCAUAACAAGACGUUCUCUUUCGUGAGGUCCAAUAAUAGUCCAAAAAUACUUCUUGAUGCCAAUAUUGAGAAAUUAGAGAAGCCGUCACAUAUACGCCCUACAAGGGAUGCAACUUUACCUUCAAAGAGGUCUAAGGGAAGGCUAGACAGAACUCAAGAGGCACAGGCUCUUUUUCAGAUGAGAUCAAAGGGCCUAAAACAUCCACAGACAUUUGCCAACCUUGAAACGUUAGAUAUCAGCAAAGACCUUAUUCACAAACUGAUGAAAUCCAGCAAAACUAAGGACUACUUGAAAUAUCUGAAGUAUAAGAUCCUUCAGGACGACUUGACCCGUUAUUCUAGUUACUAAGGCCCUUAUCGUCAUUAAAACUUUCCAUAGUGCUAUCUCCUUAG